AUGGCUCUGGACACACAACAGCUCGGUGUCAGAGGAAAAACAAAACACACACAACAGCACAAAGACUCUCUCUCUCUGGCCUCUCCUCCCUAUCCCUCUGGCCUCUCCUCCCUAUCCCUCGCCCUCUGGCCUCUCCUCCCUAUCCCUCGCCCUCUGGCCUCUCCUCCCUCUCCCUCUGGCCUCUCCUCCCUCUCCCUCUGGCCUCUCCUUCCUAUCCCUCUGGCCUCUCCUCCCUAUCCCUCUGGCCUCUCCUCCCCAUCCCUCUGGCCUCUCCUCCCCAUCCCUCUCUCUCUGGCCUCUCCUCCCCAUCCCUCUCCCUCUGGCCUCUCCUCCCCAUCCCUCUCCCUCUGGCCUCUCCUCCCUAUCCCUCGCCCUCUGGCCUCUCCUCCCUCUCCCUCUGGCCUCUCCUCCCUAUCCCUCUGGCCUCUCCUUCCUAUCCCUCUGGCCUCUCCUUCCUAUCCCUCUGGCCUCUCCUCCCUCUCCCUCUGGCCUCUCCUCCCCAUCCCUCUGGCCUCUCCUCCCUAUCCCUCUCUCUCUGGCCUCUCCUCCCCAUCCCUCUCCCUCUGGCCUCUCCUCCCCAUCCCUCUCCCUCUGGCCUCUCCUCCCCAUCCCUCUCCCUCUGGCCUCUCCUCCCUAUCCCUCGCCCUCUGGCCUCUCCUCCCUCUCCCUCUGGCCUCUCCUCCCUAUCCCUCUGGCCUCUCCUCCCUCUCCCUCUGGCCUCUCCUCCCUAUCCCUCUGGCCUCUCCUCCCUAUCCCUCUGGCCUCUCCUCCCUAUCCCUCUGGCCUCUCCUCCCCAUCCCUCUGGCCUCUCCUCCCCAUCCCUCUCCCUCUGGCCUCUCCUCCCCAUCCCUCUUCCUCUGGCCUCUCCUCCCCAUCCCUCUCCCUCUGGCCUCUCCUCCCUAUCCCUAUCCCUCUGGCCUCUCCUCCCUAUCCCUCUGGCCUCUCCUCCCUAUCCCUCUGGCCUCUCCUCCCCAUCCCUCUCCCUCUGGCCUCUCCUCCCCAUCCCUCUCCCUCUGGCCUCUCCUCCCCAUCCCUCUCCCUCCUCUCCCUCUGGCCUCUCCUCCCCAUCCCUAUCCCUCUGGCCUCUCCUCCCUAUCCCUCUGGCCUCUCCUCCCCAUCCCUAUCCCUCUGGCCUCUCCUCCCUAUCCCUCUGGCCUCUCCUCCCCAUCCCUCUCCCUCUGGCCUCUCCUCCCCAUCCCUCUUCCUCUGGCCUCUCCUCCCCAUCCCUAUCCCUCUGGCCUCUCCUCCCCAUCCCUAUCCCUCUGGCCUCUCCUCCCUAUCCCUCUGGCCUCUCCUCCCCAUCCCUCUCCCUCUGGCCUCUCCUCCCCAUCCCUCUCCCUCUGGCCUCUCCUCCCCAUCCCUCUCCCUCUGGCCUCUCCUCCCCAUCCCUCGCCCUCUGGCCUCUCCUCCCUCUCCCUCUGGCCUCUCCUCCCUAUCCCUCUGGCCUCUCCUUCCUAUCCCUCUGGCCUCUCCUCCCUCUCCCUCUGGCCUCUCCUCCCUAUCCCUCGCCCUCUGGCCUCUCCUCCCUCUCCCUCUGGCCUCUCCUUCCUAUCCCUCUGGCCUCUCCUCCCUCUCCCUCUGGCCUCUCCUCCCUAUCCCUCUGGCCUCUCCUCCCUAUCCCUCUGGCCUCUCCUCCCCAUCCCUCUGGCCUCUCCUCCCCAUCCCUCUCCCUCUGGCCUCUCCUCCCCAUCCCUCUUCCUCUGGCCUCUCCUCCCCAUCCCUCUCCCUCUGGCCUCUCCUCCCUAUCCCUAUCCCUCUGGCCUCUCCUCCCUAUCCCUCUGGCCUCUCCUCCCUAUCCCUCUGGCCUCUCCUCCCCAUCCCUCUCCCUCUGGCCUCUCCUCCCCAUCCCUCUCCCUCUGGCCUCUCCUCCCCAUCCCUCUCCCUCCUCUCCCUCUGGCCUCUCCUCCCCAUCCCUAUCCCUCUGGCCUCUCCUCCCUAUCCCUCUGGCCUCUCCUCCCCAUCCCUAUCCCUCUGGCCUCUCCUCCCUAUCCCUCUGGCCUCUCCUCCCCAUCCCUCUCCCUCUGGCCUCUCCUCCCCAUCCCUCUUCCUCUGGCCUCUCCUCCCCAUCCCUCUCCCUCUGGCCUCUCCUCCCCAUCCCUCUCCCUCUGGCCUCUCCUCCCCAUCCCUCUGGCCUCUCCUCCCUAUCCCUCUGGCCUCUCCUCCCUCUCCCUCUGGCCUCUCCUCCCUAUCCCUCUGGCCUCUCCUCCCCAUCCCUCUGGCCUCUCCUCCCCAUCCCUCUCCCUCUGGCCUCUCCUCCCCAUCCCUCUUCCUCUGGCCUCUCCUCCCCAUCCCUCUCCCUCUGGCCUCUCCUCCCUAUCCCUAUCCCUCUGGCCUCUCCUCCCUAUCCCUCUGGCCUCUCCUCCCUAUCCCUCUGGCCUCUCCUCCCUCUCCCUCUGGCCUCUCCUCCCCAUCCCUCUCCCUCUGGCCUCUCCUCCCCAUCCCUCUCCCUCCUCUCCCUCUGGCCUCUCCUCCCCAUCCCUAUCCCUCUGGCCUCUCCUCCCUAUCCCUCUGGCCUCUCCUCCCUAUCCCUCUGGCCUCUCCUCCCCAUCCCUAUCCCUCUGGCCUCUCCUCCCUAUCCCUCUGGCCUCUCCUCCCCAUCCCUCUCCCUCUGGCCUCUCCUCCCCAUCCCUCUUCCUCUGGCCUCUCUCCUCCCCAUCCCUCUUCCUCUGGCCUCUCCUCCCCAUCCCUCUCCCUCUGGCCUCUCCUCCCCAUCCCUCUCCCUCUGGCCUCUCCUCCCCAUCCCUCUCCCUCCUAUCCCUCUGGCCUCUCCUCCCUAUCCCUCUGGCCUCUCCUCCCUAUCCCUCUGGCCUCUCCUCCCUAUCCCUCUGGCCUCUCCUCCCUAUCCCUCUGGCCUCUCCUCCCUAUCCCUCUGGCCUCUCCUCCCUAUCCCUCUGGCCUCUCCUCCCUAUCCCUCUGGCCUCUCCUCCCUAUCCCUCUGGCCUCUCCUCCCUAUCCCUCUGGCCUCUCCUCCCUAUCCCUCUGGCCUCUCCUCCCUAUCCCUCUGGCCUCUCCUCCCUAUCCCUCUGGCCUCUCCUCCCUAUCCCUCUGGCCUCUCCUCCCUCCCCUCUCAGGCCUCUCCUCUCCUCUCUCCGGCUAACUCUUUAA